AUGGAAUCUGUGAAGCUCUCUGUCAGCAAGGAUAGGUGGGAAUGGAGAGGGGGUCGUGAUAAAGUAUUCUCGGUGGGAUCGGUUAAAAAUUUCCUUCGCAGUAACGUUGAUUACAGUAACAAUUAUGUUUUUAAAUGGUCGAAGUGGGUUCCUAAGAAAGUUAGUAUUCUGGUCUGGCGUGCUCAAAUGGGUCGGAUAGCGACGUUGGAUGCUCUUAUCAAACGGAAUUGCUUUAACGGUGAGAAUAGGUGUGUCAUGUGUGGCGAUGGAAGCGAAACUGCGGAUCAUCUUUUCUGCUCAUGUGAGGUGGCUUCGGAGGUCUGGUAUCGUAUUAGUAGAUGGGUUCAUAUUGGUCCGAUUUAUGCUUUCUCGCUGAAUGAUCUGCUCGAAGUUCAUGAGUUCUCCGGUUUAGGUCCCAAAGCGAAAGACAUUCUCAAAGGUAUCAUUAUGAUCAGCUGGUGGUGUAUUUGGAGAGCAAGGAACGAAAGAAGAUUCUCGGAUAAACAUAAAUCGGCGGAUAGUAUAGUGCAGGAUAUUAAGUCGCUUAGUUAUUUGUGGUAUAGUAAUAGAUCUAAUUGUAGAGAUGUUUCAUGGGAGAAUUGGGUUUCUUUUUUGGUGAUGUAA